UGGGUUUUCUGCUCCGGUGGUCCGGUUCUGCUGGUGAAAAUCCUCCAUGAUCCAGGUUGUACCGAGGCGUGCAGACAUGACAGCGCUGGUCCCUCCUUCUGCUUCUCCACGCACCAAGAGGCAUGCAUCUCCUUCAAAAUCACCAUCCAGUCCUACAGAGCUGUCCCAGGUGCUGCAGGACAAGGAGCGCCGUGUGCAGCAGCAGCUGGAGCGCUGCGCCGAGGAGCGAGGAAGGAAGAUGGACGAGCAGAGGAGGAAGGAGCAGCGGCGCCGGGCCGCAGCAGAGGAGAAGAGACAGCAGCAGCAGGAGGCAGAAAAGGAGAGGCUGGAGGCCCUGGUGCGCCGGAGAGUCGGGGGUUCUGAAAGAAGAGGAGGUGCAGGGGAGGCCCACCUGGACAACAGGCCCAAACGAUGGACCUGGGAAGGACCGCCUGACGGAGCAGAGGGUAACCCUAAGACCCCGCCCCGCCAUGCCAUUGGCUCCACUCAGCCCAAUGAGCUUCCUGCUGCUUCCAGUGCCAGCCAAUCCCGUAACGUAGUUGACUUCCUGUCUCCUCCGACGAUGGAUGAGCCAGACAACAAACAGCUUUCCAACUCUUCUGCGUCCCUCAGCUCACCGGAAAGAGUGUCGUUUGUGUCCCAUCGAACAGCUUCCCCCAGCAACCACAGACCCAUCAGGAGUUCCUCCAACCGCAGGAGCGUCACUGGACUCCCCGAGGAGACGUCCAGGGCCAAAACCCCCACGGGGGAGACUUCGAACAUGCCAGUCCGCAGUUCUUCCUUCAGAGCCAACAGUAAAGGCCAAGUCAUGCCCAAACGGGUGAAGUCCAACAGGAGCCGCGCUCAGUCCCCCUGCUCCCCCGGACAGUACCCGCCCUCCCCACUCCGACAGAGAGCCGGCACCCCCGGCACCGACGACAGGGGCCACGCCGAGGUCAAAGGUCAGGGCACCCUGGAGAGGAAAUCAGCCAAAUCUGAGACCUCCGAGAGCAAGAAGAUCCCCAAAUCCACCAGCAGAGAGCUGAAUGCAGAGUCUCCGAGCACGCCCACGGGCCGGAGCGUCGGAGGGACGACAGAUGCUGAGGAGGCGUCCAGGCUGCUGGCAGAACGGCGCCGUCUGGCCCGGAUCCAGAAGGAGCAGGAGGAGAAACAACGGCAGGAGGAGGAGAGGCUGAGGCUGGAAGAGGAGCAGAGGAGGCAGCAGGAGGAGAAGGAGCGUCAGGAACGAGCGGCGCGACAUGCCGAGGAGGAGCGAGCCAGGAAGGAGGAGGAGAGGAGGAUCAUGGAGGAGGAGGAGAGACGAAAGAAGGAGCAGAGACUGAAGAACAUGCAGGACCAGCUGGACAGAGACAGGGAGGAGGCCUUCCUGAGGGCCCAGAAGGAGGCGGACAGGAAGAGACAGGAGAGGGAGCUGCUGCACAUCCAGGAGGAGCAGGAGAGGCAGCAGAGGAAGAAGAGGAUUGAGGAGAUCAUGAAGAGAACGAGGAAGAGCGACGUGGAGCCUCCAUCGGCUGCCUCGGUGUCUGAGGGGAAAAGUGAAGCGGCCGUCACCUCGGAGGAGGACGCACCGACUCCUGCCGAAGCCCCCGUCAUCAUGCUGGGGCCCCUGGAGAACAAGAGCUGCGUGGACGAGCUGUCCGAUGGAGUCCAGUCCAUGGACGUCAGUCCGGUGUCCCGGGACGAGCAGGCGAGCGCUCAGGAGUUCUCGCCGGUCACCGAGGGACCUGACGGUUGUCCCCUGGAGCACCUGAUGGACCUGGACGCUCCGGGACGAGGACAGUGGCGGGGAGCGGAGACGCCCCCUUACCCCAAGCUGCAGGCCGGCAGCGGCGUCGGAGACCUGAACAAGAACCUGCUGAUCCAAGCGUACAGCGCCGCCUCCGAGUCCUCCCAGCUCAUCGCCAGCGUCGGGCCGAGCAAACUGGACGUCCAGUAGUCAGGAGCUGGAACGAAUAAAAAGCAAAACCAAGAAAUUCAUCUACAAGAACCAUCAGAUCCCAAAGAAACGACUCAACACCUGAUCGCUCACCUGAACCACCAAACCACCAAACCGCACCCACUCAUCACCGUUUGGAUCUUUUCAGGCAGUGCAGACGGACAAGUCACGCUUUCACGGCGGUGUGUCGGAGACAAAACGGCUCAGGUUCACUUCACUUAAAGGCUGUUCACACAGAGAGAAAUCUGAUUUGAAUAAUCCAGAACAAGAAGCUCUCUCUGAGGGUUUUAACCAAACGUUGGGACGUUUCCUCAAAGACGAAAGUUGAAACAAAGAGAGGAACGAGAUCUUUUAGUGACGUUUGAACCGUUCUUUUUCCUGACGUCAGUCAUUAUUCAGGUUUGAUUAUCCGCAACAACCAGAAUUACACUCACACUAAGAUUUUUUUCAUCUGGACCUCAGACUUUUUGUCUCCAUCAAGCUUCAGAAGCUCAUCAGAAACCAGUUCUGAGUGUGCUGGACCCAACUGUGUCCAAGUUUGAACCAUCCAGCUCCAAGUUCUGCAGCCUUCACAACCCAAAUAUACAUUUCUGUCCCUUCACUCACCAAUGAGUAAAUAAAUACAUAAAUACAUAGAUGUGUCCCUUUCCAACCAGUGGUGGUGCUGCUAGAAGCUCAAAGAACAAAAGAACUCUUUAAACAUUAAAUAAAUACAAUUUUUUUGUUGUUUUUUUUACUUCUAAAUCUACAAAUCUAUAGUAAAGUCACUUUGUUUUGUAUUUUUGCCUGUUAGGACAAAAAAAAAAGAUCAUAACGAUACAAAAAGGGAUAGAAAUAUUAAACCUAUGUAAAAAAACAUUAUUAACACUUAUCUUACUUCGACUAAAUUAAACAUAGAGUUGGAGUAAAUAUAUAAAAUUAGGCCAGUCUGGUGUGUUUUACCUUUAUUUAUUCUAACUUAUUUUAGAGAGAGGUCACCUCGUGUGGCUGGAAGUUAUAUUCGUGAAGCGGCUAACAAACUCCGAGCAUGAUCUGAUCCUUGUUUGAUCAGCAUCAGCCACGCAUUAGCAAAUAAAUCAGACACAAACUGCUGGAAUCAGCCCUUUCUCAUUCUAUCCUGGGAAAAGAACGGCUCAAAACAAUCUUUAAAUCCACUAAAUUAACAAGCCGAGUGGAUGAAAACCUCGCAUCACAUCCUGGACUGCAUCCACGAAUCUGAACGUUUCCCGUGUCGGGCCCGUCUGCACUGCCUCGAGACGCCCGCUUUCACCUGUAACCCCCGCCGCUUGAAAACUUCUGUAAAUAGACGAAUCGACGACGUCGUUGGAACAGGAAGCAGCUCUGCGGCAGGAAAACUGAAGGAGGGUUGUUAAAAAAAACAAAAACAAAAAAAACGAGGCCGUUUGUGUAAAAACUGUAGCAAACUCUACGAGGACUAGCUAGCUGUGGUUGUAGCUGUGUAGUUCAAGGGUAUGUGGGAGUUCUUCUCUUUCCGUCGGUGUUUCUCGUGUUUAUCCCAACACCGACCUUCUCUACUGCUGGCAGCCACUUCCACUCGAUUUCACGCCUUCCCCAUGGGAGAACUCAGAAGUCUCACUUUACUCCCGCUGUCAACAUGUAACCUUUAGCUUGGGUUUCUCUCCUGCUCGUCACCUCACCGGAACGUUUUUGGACCUGCAGAGGGAACAAAAAAUCCUUAUUUUUUAUCAGCAGGUCGACGAUUUCCCGACGUGUAUUUGUCGGUUUCCGACUGCAGUUUAUCGAGCGCACCUAAAGUAGUUCAAUGUGUCACUGCUUUGAAGACGCUAGACUAGAAUCUACUUCACCGAGUCACAACAGAACACCUCUGAGGCCUUGAAACCUCUGCUUCACCACGACUGACCAAGGGCCACCUUUUCACUUGAAGGAGCCACGAAAACAGUUACAUUUUAGAUGUUUUUUUUUUUCUUGGCUUCUUUCUUUUUUUUUUCACGACUCUGUGAAAACGUAGGAACAACGAGCAUUAAAUCAAUUCUCAACAUCCAGUUAAGACUUCAGACAACCGAAAUAACAAAAACUGUUGUCCAAUCCGAGUCGUUUCCAACUGAUGGUAAAAAUCGACAUGGAAAAUGUUUUGGAAUCUAAAAAUGUAAGGCGACAGUCUUACUGUUGCAAAGAUUUAAAUGCAAACCUUUUUGCCGCCACGC